GAAUUUUGAGACAUUUGGUCUAAAAGCUGAGACCCCAACAUGCCAGUGUCUCCAGCAGUGACCCAGCUGUGAACUACAGAUGUUUUUACUGUCCUUUUCGUCCUCCUGUCUCUCUGGCGUCCAGAUUCCUCGUCCAGUUUGGUUGUAAAAGUUCCAGUUAAACCAGUUGUGUCCACAGUUCAAGUUUAUUUCUACUUUAACAGAAAUGUUAAGUAACAGACAACAAAUUGUUCUUUUACUAGCCUUUAGUAAGUCAUGACCUUUCACCCAGAAACACUUGGACCCGUCUGUUACAGUCGGAUAAACGCAUCAAAGCUUUGGGAGAAAAUUCUCAUAUUUGCUGCUGGAUAUGAACAGAAAAAAAUUAUAGAUCAACAAAAUGGAAAAUAAUUGCCCAUAAAAAGUGAAAUAACUGUAAACAUUAAACUAAGCAUUAUACUAAUGUCCUUUUUAUGAAAAUAUAACUUGUUUAAUUUAUUGUGGUGCCAGUAGGGAUGAAGAAUUCACCAUAAUAUUUUAAAUGGAGAGAAAAAGCAAAUUUUGGAAACAGGGAUUAUUUUAGGAUUAUUUUUGGCCUUUGCAAAAUCUUUGACUCUGCUCACUUAAACAGUUUUAUUCCUGCCACUGGCUCCUUUAUUAGGAAUUUCUUAUAAUUUUCUGACUUUAUUCUUGUAUUUUUUGUCUAAUACUUCAUUGUAAAGAUUUUCCAUGUUUCUGACUGUUAGGAUAGAUAAAUAUGUGAGUUCAGGCAGGAAAUCUGUGUGAAUGAGGUGGAUCUGCUUCUCUAACGAGUGUUUUCUUGUCAGAAGAGCAUCUCCAGACGGGCAGAGUUUCCGUUCGCUGGGAGAGGAGAUUCCUGCUGAUAUCAGGAAGAAACCAAAGUCAUCCAAACACGGACACGACUCCGAUGACGACUACGAGAACGUGCAGCUGCCAGAGUCGGUUUUCAUCGAUUCAACUGAAACCACCUUUGUAGAAAAGCUUUUUAAAGAGUGCUGUGCUAAUCCGCCGGACGGACUCUACGGCAUCAGAAAAUCAGGAACCAAAACCGCAAAGGUGCUGGUGGUUUGGGAUGUCGCUAUAAACAAGGCCAGAAACUACAGGCUGUUUGAAGAGAAUGACAGCAUAUUUCUGGAGAGCGACCUGACCUUCCCCAACCUGGCGGCGCUGGUUGAACACUACUACAGCCAUCCUCUUCCUCACCACGGCUCGCUGUGCCUGCAGAAGCCUUACGCCAAAGUCCUGAGCUCCUGAGACCAAACAUGCAGCUGGAGACGCGUCUUCAAACGGAUUCAAAACAAACUGAGCUCAAAAUCACCCAGAAGAGGAGGAAAAACCGGCUGGAAAUCAGAACAGUUUGAUGGUUGUGACGCAUUUUGGCCACUAGGAGGCGACAAAUGACAACAUAAAGCAACAGAUUCCGGAAAUACAGCCUACAUGCAUAAACAUAUCACUCAAUAUAACUAUAAAUAUUUAUUUCUGUAUCAUUUUUCUAAGUAAUUUCAGAAGUUAAAGCCUAUGAUGAGUAUUUCUGUGUAAAUAUGGCUGCGUCACAUGAAACAUAAUGACUUUAAACAAGCCAAACGGACAAAAUUAAAAGCUAAAAGUCGGAUCCUGAACCUUCCCUGACACAAGAGAACAGGAGCUUACAACUUACAUUUCAGUUGGAAAUACAGGGAAAACAUCAACAGAGGAGGGAAACCUCGUUUUCAAAUUAGCAGUGCGACCAAACUGGGACUGAUUGUCUGUUUUUGUGUUUUUUGUCAAAACGAGCUUUUUAAAAUGUGUACAUUCAUUAUACUGUGUAGCUUUUGUCCAUAUUUAUAUGUAAAUAUGUAAAAGCAUGACUGUAAAUAUGUAAAUGUGAAGUUUUUUUACAAAAAUAUAUACUGAGAAUGUAUAAACAAUUGCAU